AUGAUGAAACUUGCUAGUCUCUUAACCGUCUUAUUCUUCAAUUGGAUAUUAUUGAUAACUGUUACAACUGUUCCAACAGAAAAAGGUACAAACAAAGGAGAAGACAAAGAGUUUAAAAGAAGUAAAUAUAAUAAAGAAUAUUACCAGAAAAAUAAAGAAAGGAAGGUUGAGUAUCGGCGAAAUUAUUACAAAGCGAAUAAGCAAAAGUUAAAAAAUAAUAUGAAAAUUUACUACCAUGAAAAUAAAGAAACGCGACUGGAAAAAAUGAGAAUUUAUCAACAAAAUAACAGAGAAAAACUGAAUGAAUACAAGAGAAAAUACGGACAAGAAAAGAAAAACGUUCAAUCUGAUAAUAAUGAAGGAACUUCUAAUGUUAAUCCACAGACUGGUGAUUUUACUAAUAAAGGUAAAUUACCAAUUGUUUGCGAGGAAAAAAAUCUAUUAAAUCAAGGAGAGGGAGAAUCCAAUAAAGCUGAAAAUAAGAAAAAUCAAAUGGAAUUAGAAGAGGCAAAUAAAAUUUAUGAUGAUGGCACAGAUCAAGUAGAUUCAAAUAAGAAAGUUCAUCCUUUUGAUCUGAACGAGAAACCUGAUGAUAGUGCCUGGGAGACUAUUAAGAAUAAUGGGUUUUUCAGUUUAUCCAAUCCAUUACAUUCUAUAUUUAAAAGGCCAUGA